AUGAGUGAGGGGAGGGGGGGCACCUACAACCUGUGGCUGGGCCUGACCCUCGCCCUGCUGUCGGCCUUCUUGAUUGGUGGGAGUGUCAUUCUCAAGAAGAAAGCCCUCCUCCGAUUGGCCAACAACGGACACACCAGAGCAGGUGAAGGAGGCCAUGGUUACCUGAAGGACUGGCUGUGGUGGGGAGGCCUGUUAACCAUGGGAGCAGGAGAAGUCUGCAACUUCGCUGCCUACAUGUUUGCUCCGGCCACGCUGGUGACUCCCCUGGGCGCCCUGAGUGUCCUCAUCAGUGCAGUUCUGUCCUCCUACCUGCUAGGGGAGGUGUUGAACAUUGUGGGGAAGCUUGGCUGUCUGCUGUGUGUGCUAGGAAGCAUCCUGUUGGUUAUCCACGCCCCACAGGAACAGGAAGUGACAUCACUACGGGAGAUGACCAACAAGCUGCUGGAGCCUGGUUUUCUGGUGUAUGUGGCGUUGGUGUUGGUGCUGUGUGCGGUGCUCGUGCUGUAUUGCUGUCCUCGCUUCGGUCAGUCCAACAUCCUCGUCUACAUCGGCAUCUGCUCGCUGCUCGGCGCGUUCACCGUCUCCUCGGUGAAAGGCCUCGCCAUCGCCAUCAACACAGUGUUUUAUGAUCUUUCCGUCCUUGCUAAUCCUCUCACCUGGAUCCUGCUGGCAACGCUUAUCGUCUCCAUAGUAACACAGGUAAACUACCUGAACAAGUCUCUGGAUAUCUUCAACACCCUGCUGGUUUAUCCCAUCUACUACGUCCUCUUCACCUCCGUGGUUCUAUCCACCUCCAUCAUCCUCUUCCAGGAGUGGAGAAGCAUGUCGGCCAUCGACAUCGUUACAACUCUGGGAUCCUUUGUAGUCAUCGUGGUGGGCGUGGCCAUGCUGCACCUUUUCAGAGAGCUGCAGAUGACGAUGAAGGAGCUGACCAUUCAGCUCUCACAGCCAGUGGAGAGGGAGGAGCUUAACCAGCAGGUUGUAACCAAUGGAGGAGGAGGAAGGAGUAAAAAAGAAGACAAGUACGGGCUGAUGGACAACAUGGUGAUCGAGAGCCUUCCCCCGAUGAGAGAGGAGGGACCGAGAGUCUUCAUCAUCAGCUAA